AUGAUCGCUCGAGGAAACCCAGCUUGCUGGGAUGGCGCGAAACCCAGCGACCAGGAUACUCAUCGAAUCAUGACGAUCAGUGGUAUUUGGAAUAAGAUCAAACUAGCACACGGACGUUGGCGUGUUAAAGGGUCUGGACGAGUCAAAGCGAGAAACAAUAGUCGCAAUGCGGUCGAGCCCUAUCCGUCAUGA